GCGCCCCGCCGUGCCCAGCCGUGCCCGGCGCUGGCCAGGUGUCCUGCGGGAGGCGCCGCCGCGCCGCCAGCCGCCUCCCCUCGGGCCCGGCGGGCGCAGGGGGCGCGGGGGCGCAUUUCGGGGGGCAGAUCGACCUCCCCCCCACGCCCUGCCCCGGGAUCUGCUCCGCGCUCGCAAGCGUCGGCUCCAGCUGGCCUGAACCAUGUCCACCAGGGUGGCCCACCCGCAGGACCCCCAGCACCCCGCCGAGAAGCCCAUCAUUCACUGCCACAAAUGCGGGGAGCCCUGCAAGGGGGAAGUGCUCCGGGUGCAGACCAAGCAUUUCCACAUCAAAUGCUUCACCUGCAAAGUGUGCGGCUGUGACCUGGCCCAGGGGGGCUUCUUCAUCAAGAACGGGGAGUACCUCUGCACCCUGGACUACCAGAGGAUGUACGGCACGCGCUGCCACGGCUGCGGCGAGUUCGUGGAAGGGGAGGUGGUGACCGCCCUGGGCAAGACCUAUCACCCCAACUGCUUUGCCUGCACCCUCUGCAAGCGCCCCUUCCCCCCUGGGGACCGAGUCACGUUCAACGGGAGAGACUGCCUCUGCCAGCUCUGUGCACAGCCCAUGUCCUCCGGACCCAAGGAAGCCGCCUGCUCUGGCAACUGUGCGGGCUGCGGCCGAGACAUCAAGAACGGGCAGGCCCUGCUGGCGCUGGACAAGCAGUGGCACCUGGGCUGCUUCAAGUGCAGGUCGUGCGGGAAGGUGCUCACCGGGGAGUACAUCAGCAAGGACGGCGCCCCGUACUGCGAGAAGGACUACCAGGUGCUCUUCGGGGUCAAGUGCGAGGCCUGCCACCAGUUCAUCACCGGGAAGGUCCUGGAGGCCGGUGACAAGCAUUACCAUCCCAGCUGUGCACGAUGCAGCAGAUGCAACCAGAUGUUCACAGAAGGAGAGGAAAUGUAUCUUCAAGGUUCCACCGUGUGGCAUCCCGACUGUAAGCAGUCCACGAAGACGGAGGAGAAGCUGCGGCCCACCAGGACUUCCUCCGAAAGCAUUUACUCCAGGCCGGGCUCCAGCAUCCCCGGCUCCCCUGGGCACACCAUUUACGCAAGAGUGGACAACGAAAUCCUGGACUAUAAGGACUUAGCAGCCAUCCCCAAGGUCAAGGCGAUUUAUGACAUUGAGCGUCCAGAUCUCAUUACCUACGAGCCCUUCUACACUUCGGGCUAUGAGGACCGGCAGGAGCGGCAGAGCCAGGGAGAGUCUCCCAGGACCCUGUCACCUACGCCAUCGGCAGAAGGGUACCAGGAUCUCCGGGAUCGAAUGAUUCAUCGGUCCACGAGCCAGGGCUCCAUCAACUCCCCCGUGUACAGCCGCCACAGUUACACUCCGACCACCUCCCGCUCGCCCCAGCAUUUUCACAGACCUGAGCUGUUGUCUCCUGGUGUGCAAAGGCUCUCGCACCUGCGCACCAGCAGCCCCAGCUCCCACAGCGACUCCCGCCCCAACUCCCCCUUCCGACACCACUUCAUCCCCCAUAUCAAAGGCAAUGAGCCAUCCAGCGGCCGGAACUCCCCUCUCUUUUACCGGCCAGACAGCCGCCCUCUCACUCCAACUUACGCUCAGGCCCCUAAACAUUUCCAUGUUCCAGAUGAAGGGGUCAACAUCUACCGGAAGCCGCCCAUCUACAAGCAGCAUGAUGCAGCUGCCUUGGCAGCCCAGAGCAAGUCUUCAGAAGACAUCAUCAAGUUUUCCAAGUUCCCAGCAGCGCAGGCUCCAGACCCCAGCGAGAUACCAAAGAUUGAGACGGAUCACUGGCCCGGCCCUCCGUCUCUGGCUGCCGUAGGAGCUGACAUGAGACGCAGAUCUAGUGGCAGAGAGGAAGAUGAGGAGGAACUUCUGAGACGCCGACAGCUUCAAGAGGAGCAGUUAAUGAAGCUCAACUCAGGCCUGGGGCAGUUGAUCCUGAAAGAAGAGAUGGAGAAGGAGAGCCGGGAAAGGGCGUCUCUCUCAGCCAGUCGCUACGACUCUCCCAUCAACUCAGCUUCACAUGUGAUGACGUCGAAGACUUCAUCCCUCCCGGGCUAUGGAAGAAACGGGCUUCACCGGCCCGUUUCCACGGACUUCGCUCAGUAUAGCAGCUUCAGGGACGUCAGUGGAGGAGUCCGAGACUACCAGGUAUGAAGCACUGUCUUUGUCUUGCCCGUGCCACCAGCCCAAGCCAUCUUUCCACCCAGGGAAGGAUUUCGGUGGAUCUGUCAGUCUCUCGUUAUGGGGGGGGGGGGUCCUGGGGAGCAGGCGGACCAGUUCCCACUGUCCCUGUAAAGGGGGGAACUUGGGAACUUCUUUAUUUAGCAUCAAAGUUGUGAUGGACACUGAGAAAGGGAAGAGGGGAGAGGUCAAAAAUCCAUCAUAGUUCUGAUGAUUCAUUUAUAAAUUUAUGUUGCUGGGUACAAAAGCUUCUAAAUGGAUUGGAUGAGUUUUGAGUCCUGCAAGGCCAGACCCAGUGACUUUUGUGCACCUUCUGAGACCCCCCCCAGGCCAGCCGUUCCCCGGCCUGUGCUGUGCUGGGGACAUGGAAUGGACUGGGAGUCUGGCCUCCGUCCCCCUGGGCUAGAAGGAGGCCCGUGCCAAGGCCCUGCCCCUCUUCUUCCCCUUUGUUAUUAUUAGUCCUGCUGUUCCUCCCCGGCCCUGCUCGGUCCCCAGUGGGAAGAAGUUCUCCUGUUGCUGAUUAGGCGAGUGCUACUCUGGUACCAUUCCUGUACGUCUCGAACCCGAGCCUUAUCCUAUCAUGGUCACAAUAAGAAAAUGGCUUUCACAGACCUGGCAGUUGGCUGCUUAGUUUUAAAGGCCUAGAACCUGAAGCAGUGCCUGAGUCAGAGUCCCGGGGGUCAGGGUCUUCCCCCCAGGGGUUCCCCAGAGAGCAGCCUUCCUGCCAGGGUCUCCAGUCGGAACAGCCGAGUUCUUGCCACGGUAGAGCUGUAACAGCGGUGAGGCUGUGAGAGUCAGCUAGGGGCCGGAGCGAUAGUACAGCGGGUAGGACGUUGGCCUUGCACGCAGCUGACCCGGGUUCGAUUCCCAGCAUCCCAUAGGGUCCCCUGAGCACCACCAGGAGUAAUUCCUCAGUGCAGAGCCAGGAGGAACCCCUGAGCAUUGCCAGGUGUGACCCAAAAAAAAAAAAGAGAAAGUCAACUGGGGAAGGAUGAGCCCCUGCCCCCCCUCCCCCUCCCUUCUCUCCCCU